AUGGCGCGCUCUGGCCCAGGCAUCCAAAACAUUUUCCCUGUUUCUCCCGGUUGCCUGUCCUUCAAAAGCGCAGGAGUCCUGGGGGUUCCGGCCUUUGGCCCCGCGGGAAUCCAGGCGCCCGGCAGCGGGCGAAUUGACAGGGCUCCUGCAGCUGGAAGGUGCGGGUCCCGCGCACCUAGGACUCGGAAACCCGCGGACGCUCUGGGCGCGCUCUGUCCAGUAGGGCAGGAGCAGUGCCAGGCUGCGCGCGCCGCCCCCGGGGACAGCCCCAGGCCGCCGGUUCCCGAGAGAAGCUUCGAGCGCAGUAGCGGGCCGGCGAGCCUCAUGCGGAGCGGUGCGCGGCUGAGCGUCCGACACUGGAGCCCUAGGGGCCACCUCGAGACGGGGCCAGUGUCGCAGUGCCUGGUGCCGGCCGAAGCCAUGAGCCAGGACGUGGACCCCAGCGGCCCGGAGUCAGCAGACAGAGAUGCCCGCAGCGUGCCCGGCGCUUCGGCGCCCCAGCCGCCCCCGGGCUCGCGAGGGAUGCAGCCACCGCCGCCGCCCCCAGCCGGCCUACCCCAGAUCAUCCAAAAUGCCGCCAAACUCCUGGACAAGAACCCAUUUUCGGUCAGUAACCCGAACCCUCUGCUUCCAUCUCCUGCCAGUCUCCAGCUGGCUCAACUGCAAGCGCAGCUUACCCUCCACCGGCUGAAGUUGGCACAGACAGCUGUCACCAACAACACUGCCGCUGCCACAGUCCUGAACCAGGUACUCUCCAAAGUGGCCAUGUCCCAACCCCUGUUUAACCAGCUGAGGCAUCCAUCUGUCAUCAGCGCCCCCCACAGCCAUACUGGGGUGCCCCAACAUGCUGCCACCAUGCCCAGUGCCCGAUUUCCCUCGAACACAAUUGCCUUCUCAUCCCCCGGCCAGACCCGAGGCCCAGCGCCUUCUAUGAACCUUCCCAGCCAGCCCCCCAGUGCCAUGGUGAUGCAUCCUUUCAGCGGGGUCAUGCCACAGACCCCUGCCCAGCCAGCUGUCCUCUUGGGUAUUGGCAAGUCUGGGCCCGCUCCUGCUACCGCAGGAUUCUACGAAUACGGUAAAGCCAGCUCUGGCCAGGCAUAUGGCUCUGAGACAGACGGUCAGCACAACUUCCUGGCAGCCUCGGCCUCUACCUCGGGCAGUGUGAACUAUGAGGGGAACUAUAACCACACAGGGCAAGAUGGCCAAACUGCUUUCCCAAAAGACUUCUACGGGCCCAGCGCCCAAGGUUCGCAUCUGUCAGGUGGACUUUUGAUUGAGCAGGCAGGGGGCUUGAAAGGUGAAGUGGGCCCACUGCUGCAGGGCACAAACAGCCAGUGGGAGAGCGCCCACGGAUUAUCUGGCCAAAGCAAGCCUGAUCUUACAGCAGGCUCCAGUUUAUGGACUCCGCCCCUCAGUCAGCCCUAUGAGUUGUACGACCCCGAGGAGCCCACCUCAGACAGGACCCCACCUUCCUUCGGGGGCCGGCUUACCAACAGCAAACCGGGUUUCAGCGGUGCCCGGCGACGGGCCAAGGAGGAGCCAGCGGUUCUGUCUGUGCGGCCCCUGCAGGCACAAGAACUGAAUGACUUUCAUGGCGUGCCCCCCCUCCACCUGCCACAUACCUGUAGCAUCUGCGACAAGAAGGUGUUUGACUUGAAGGACUGGGAGCUACAUGUGAAGGGGAAACUGCACGCUCAGAAAUGCCUCGUCUUCUCGGAAAAUGCUGGAGUCCGGUGUGUCCUUGGCUCUGCAGAGGGCACACUGUGUGCCUCCCCCAACAGCACAGCCGUGUACAGCCCCGCCGGGAACGAAGACUACACCUCAAAUCUCGGAGCAUCGUAUGCAGCCAUUCCAGCGAGGUCAUUUCCUUCGGCUUCCCCGGGGACAAAUUUCGCACAGCAGAAAGUGGGCGCUGGCCGUGUGGUGCACAUCUGUAAUCUCCCGGAAGGAAGCUGUACUGAGAACGACGUCAUUAACCUGGGGCUGCCCUUUGGGAAGGUCACUAAUUACAUCCUCAUGAAGUCCACUAAUCAGGCCUUUUUAGAGAUGGCUUACACAGAAGCUGCCCAGGCGAUGGUCCAGUAUUACCAAGAAAAAUCUGCUGUGAUCAAUGGUGAGAAGUUGCUCAUUAGGAUGUCCAAGAGAUACAAAGAAUUGCAGCUGAAGAAACCAGGGAAAACUGUGGCUGCCAUCAUCCAGGACAUGCAUUCCCAGAGGGAGAGGGACAUGUUCCGGGAAGCAGACAGAUAUGGCCCGGAAAGACCACGGUCACGCAGUCCGGUGAGCCGCUCGCUCUCCCCGAGGUCCCAUACUCCGAGUUUCACUUCCUGCAGCUCUUCCCACAGCCCUCCAGGCCCCUCCCGGACAGACUGGGGCAAUGGCAGAGACUCAUGGGAUCACUCUCCCUAUACCAGGAGGGAGGAAGAGCGAGAUCCGGCUCCCUGGAGGGAGAACGGAGAAGACAGGACAGACAUGUGGGUACAUGAUCGCAAACACUACCCCAGGCAACUGGACAAAGCCGAGUUAGAAGAGCGGCUUGAAGGAGGGAGGGGCCACAGAGAAAAGUACCUGAGGUCUGGGUCUCCCAGUCUGCUCCACUCUGUGUCCAGCUACAAAAACCGGGAAGACGGUUACUACCGGAAGGAGCCCAAAGCCAAGUUGGAUAAGUACCUAAAGCAGCAGCAGGAUGCUCUUGGGAGGUCCAGGAGGAAGGAGGAGGCCAGGCUUCGGGAGAGCAGAUACUCUCAGCCCGAGGACUCAAACAAGGAAGAUGGACUGGAGAUGAAGGUCAUCAGGGCCCCCGAGAGCGCCAAGGCCAAACAGAGUGAGAAAAAUAAAACCAAGAGACCGGACAGAGACCAAGAAGGAGCUGAUGAUCGAAAAGAAAACAAAAUGGCAGAGAAUGAGGCUGGAAUGGAAGAUAGCCCCCAAUCAUUGGGCAGGCAGAAGGGAACAGAGGCCUUGGAUCCAGAAAAUACCAGGAAAAAGAAGGAACAAGAUUGUGACAGUGAAAGUGAGGCAGAGGGGGAGAGCUGGUAUCCCACCAACAUGGAGGAGCUGGUCACUGUAGAUGAGGUGGGGGAAGAAGAUUUUAUCAUGGAACCGGACAUCCCAGAGCUGGAAGAAAUUGUGCUCAUUGACCAGAGAGACAAACCCUGCCCAGAAACAUGCCCUGGUGGGACAGACACCUUAGACCUGGACUUGGCCAAGGAAGGAGUCAAGAGUAUGGAUACUGGGGCUCCAGAAAUCAACAUCAAGUCAGUCAAAGAACUGCCUUCUGUUUCCGGGAGCUGCCCGGGUGACAUGGACGUGGAAACACUAGGCCUAAAUCGGGAUGCUGAGCGGAAGCCAGCUGAAUUUGAAACAGGCCACUCACUGACGGCUUCAGAUUGCUACGAGAAGGAGGCCACGGGAGCAGACGCAGAGGUUCGUCCGGACCCUGCAGUCCAGCAAAUGUCUUCCCCCAAGCCAGCAGAGGAGAGGGCCCAGCAGCCUAGCCCAGCUCUCGAUGACAUGGCCAGGGAGACCCCCGAAGAUGGGGCUUGUGAAGGCAGCGCUCUGGAGGAGAAAGCCAGCCCUGCCACUGAAAACGACCUCCAAAGCCAGGCUUGCCAAGGAGGAGUGACCCAGGAAAACUCCAGGUACAUGGAAAUGAAAUCCCUGGACACAAGGUCACCAGAAUACACUGAAGUGGAGCUGAAACAGCCCCUUUCUCUGCCUUCCUGGGAACCAGAGGAUGUGUUCAGUGAACUUAGCAUUCCUCUAGGGAUGGAGUUCGUGGUACCCAGGACUGGGUUCUAUUGCAAGCUGUGUGGGCUGUUCUACACGAGUGAGGAGAUGGCGAAGAUGAGUCACUGCCGCAGUGCUGUUCACUACAGGAACUUACAGAAGUACUUGUCCCAGCUGGCUGAGGAGGGCCUGAAGGAGGCGGAGGGGGCAGGCAGCCCCAGGCCUGAGGACAGUGGAAUCGUGCCCAACUUUGAGAGGAAGAAGUUCUGA